AUGGCUUCUUUUUCUGUUUCUAUCAAUCAUUCUCUUCCUUUUCCACUGUAUGCUCAAACCCCAAAACUCACAUUAUGCCAAAAUCUUUCACCCCUUUCUAAAUCUUCUCCGUCUCAAUUUUAUGGUCUGAAGCUGUCUCCUUCAUCUUAUCUCCCACUCCCAGUUUCUUCUCUGAUCAAAAGGUCCAUUGUUGCUAAGGUGUCAGAAGGUUCGGUUCCACCACCAUUUACAUUGAAAGAUCAGGAUGGGAGGAAUAUAAGCCUUUCUAACUUCAAAGGCAAGCCUGUGGUGGUUUACUUCUACCCUUCUGACGAAACUCCUGGUUGCACUAAACAGGCUUGUGCCUUCAGGGACUCUUAUGAAAAAUUUAAGAAAUUUGGAGCUGACGUUGUCGGGAUAAGUGGGGAUGAUACAGCAUCCCUCAAGGCCUUUGCAAAGAAACACAGACUUCCAUUUACAUUACUAAGUGAUGAAGGUAACAAGGUCAGAAAAGAGUGGGGCGUCCCAGGAGACCUAUUCGGUGCAUUGCCAGGACGGCAAACUUAUGUUCUUGACAAGAGUGGAGUGGUUCGACUUGUGUACAAUAAUCAGUUCCAGCCUGAAAAGCAUAUCGAUGAGACCUUAAAGUUUCUUCAAAGUGCUUGA